CGGAAUCUGUGUGUCGUCCUCAGUUUGGAAUGGGAUGAAAUUUUAUCAUAUUUCAGUGAAUUUUUAUCAAAUUCGGAAUGAAAAAGUUGGAAUAAUUCAAGUGGGUAUUUUCCCAGAAAUAUCCAUGUUUAAAAUUAAGUGUUAUACCGAUUCAAAAGAAUUUAGUUUUAAUCCCUGAGCAAAUCAUCCAUCGCUCUGGAACAAACAGACAAGCGACUCGAUCAAAAUGGCAAAUUCAGAAGUAAACGGAGGUCAAUAUUACUGGAAUGGCGAAACACCAGCAGUACAAAACAACUACUAUUCUCUACCAACCCCAACCUUCACACCUCCAGAUCUCACUCAACCUCCACCUACCUUCGCCUUACCUCUGCCUACCCUCCCAGAAAAAAUGAUAAACCCUUAUCCUCAAUUUCCUGCUGCACCACCAAAUUCCAUCAUUCCUUUUAUGAAUGGCACCACCCCCUCAUUCCAGCCUCCUCCUUACCAAAAUCCACCAACUCCCAUGGACAUCCAGAGCAGCCAAAUCUACAAAAUUCCAACAGUCUGUCCUCCGCCUCUUCAGGAAAAUUGCACUUACGAUUACUGGAACUCGGAAUCUACAAAUUGCAAUAUUGCCAAUCAGAUGGAGACAUGGUCUCAAGGUGUGAGUCACACAACCUGGAGUCUGCCAACCAGGUCGAAUGGAUCAUAUCCCGAGUCUGAAGUGUCGAGAUGUGAGGAGAAGAGAUCGAGUCAGAGGAGUCGACACGAGGGUUCGAAGGGGGGCAGGUCGGACUGGAGGCGAGAGAGACGAUCAGAUAGUCGUGAAAAUGGGAGGAGGAGGUCGAUCAGUCCCGAGAGUCGAUUGAGAUUGAGAAAAUCGAGUCGAUCGAGGUUCGAUGAUCGGAGCAAAGAUAGAAGGGAUGAUCGGAGGGACGAUCGACGGGAUGAUCGACGAAAUGGUCGUAAAGAAGAUCGUCGAGAGGAUCGGCGGGAACGGUACGACAAAUAUGAAAGAAGAAGACGAACUUCAAGGGAACGGUCUUUUGAGAGAAAGUCCGAGAGGAAGUCUGAAAGGUCCUUUCGAACAAAUGGUUCCUACAGUUCGCGAUCUUCCUUGAAUUUGGAAAGAUGCAUCAUCAGCAAACGGAGGAGGAGGUCCAAAUCUCUUGAAUCAAAUUCUGGGUCGCCGAAUAAAGUUCCGGCCAAGCAGAAGUGCCUUUCUGAGCGGGAAUUGCUUUUAGAAAAAUACAGGAGAAAUUAUUGUGCAACGAGUAAAGAUAUGGAGAAGAAAUUGGUAGAAUUGAGUGCUAUCGGAACAGAAGGAAUUAUCGAAAACGAGCGAAAAAUCUGGACUCGAACUGCCCCAGCCGAUUUAUAUUAUCAGAGGGAUGAGAGCAAUCCAAAAAUCAUGAGAGGCACUCAAAAGUUGAACGAACUUUGUGAUAUUUUCAAUUUGUUGUUUAUAAAAAGAGCUGAAGCUGUAAGAGCCGCACAACCUCCCUACGAACCUCCGCCAAGAAAAACGAGAGCAAGAUUAUGCAAGCACAAAUCUGAAGCUUGCAGCAGUUCCUCGUCUGAUAGCGACAGCGAUUCGAUGGAAGAAGACGACAGAACGAUGGAGGAAUUAAUGGCGAAAAAACAACAUCCUCAGAGAUUACAUCCUGAAAUGUGGUUUAAUGAUCCUGGAGAGAUGAACGAUGGUCCGCUUUGUAGAUGUAGUGAAAAAUCGAGAAGAUCCGGAAUUAGGCAUGGAAUUUAUGCAGGGGAAAAUGCAGUCAAUAGAUGCGAUUUAGGCACCAAUAAUGGCGAUAAACUUUAUCAUUAUCGAAUUACCAUUAGUCCGCCAACCAACUUUCUCACAAAAACUCCAACGAUAAUUAAACACGACGAGCAUGAAUUUAUUUUUGAAGGAUUUUCCAUGCUUUCCCAUUUUCCUCUCACCAAGUUACCAACAUGUAAAGUUAUUCGAUUUAAUAUCGAGUACACGAUUCUCUACAUCGAGGAAAAAUUACCAGAGAAUUUCACCGUUCGUGAACUCGAUUUUUUUCAUGAGUACCUUUUUAAAGAAAUCCUCGAGUUGGUGGAUUUCGAUUUGCACGCAGCUCAAGACAAAUCAGGCUGUGGACAAUUUCAUUUUAUGCCGAGAUUCGUUCGCGAUUUGCCUGAUAAUGGUCAGGAAAUUUUGUCCAUGAACGAGGUACUAAAUUAUCUUAUAAAAAGUAGUAAGCUCCUAAUCGAGGAAGAGGAUCUUCAAAAAUUGGCUGAUAUGCCGCAGUACAAAUGGCAAAAUAUCGCCGACGAAGUCAAGGGAAUGGUCGUGACUUAUCCUGGCAAAAAACCGUGCAGUGUGAGAGUUGAUCAGCUGGAUAGAAAUCAGAGCGAGCAACCUCCCGGAGUGGUAGCUUAUCCAGAAAUUGUGCAUUUUGGAAUUCGGCCACCACAACUUAGUUACGCUGGAAAUGCUGAUUAUCAAAAGGCCUGGAGAGACUACGUGAAAUUCCGUCACCUGCUCGCCAAUAUGCCCAAGCCCUCGUUCGAGGACAAACGGAAACUGGAGGCGAAAGAGAAUCGUCUCCAGGAAUUGCGCACCCAAAGUAAAAUGAAACGAGACGUAACCGUGGACGUGACCUCCGAGGGCUUUUACAGAACCGGAAUAAUGUGCGACAUUGUUCAACACGCGAUGUUGAUACCCGUUCUCGUUUGUCAUCUCCGCUUCCACAAAUCCCUGGAAAAGUUAGAGCAGGCCCUGAAAUACAAGUUCAAAAAUCGCUACCUCCUUCAACUAGCUCUCACACAUCCCAGCUAUCGCGAAAAUUUCGGAACGAAUCCCGACCACGCGCGCAAUUCCCUGACCAAUUGUGGAAUCCGUCAGCCCGAGUACGGAGAUCGUCGAAUUCAUUAUAUGAACACCAGGAAGCGAGGGAUCAAUACUUUGAUCAAUAUCAUGUCGCGAUUUGGAGCGAAGAAGGAGACCGAGUCCUCGAUUGCUCACAAUGAGCGACUCGAAUUUUUGGGAGACGCUGUCGUCGAAUUUCUCACCUCGAUUCACCUCUUUCACAUGUUUCCGGACUUGGAGGAGGGCGGCCUGGCUACUUAUCGGGCAGCAAUUGUCCAAAAUCAGCAUCUGGCCGUUUUGGCGAAGAAACUGCAUUUGGAUGAGUUCAUGCUCUAUGCGCAUGGAAGUGACCUUUGUCACGAUUUGGAAUUGAGACACGCGAUGGCGAAUUGCUUUGAGGCGCUGAUGGGUUCUUUAUUUCUCGAUGGAGGCAUUGAAGUGGCGGAUCGAGUCUUCGGUGAGACUCUGUUCAUGGCUGAGAGGGACAAUCAGGAGAGUCAAAUUGACGAGGCGAUGCUCACACAGACGUGGGUCAAUUAUCCGAGACAUCCGCUUCAGGAGCAGGAGCCCCUGGGUGACAGGCAGUGGAUCGGGAGAUUCGAGCUGCUACAGAAAUUAACCAAGUUUGAGGAAUCCAUUGGAGUUGAGUUCAAUCACAUAAGACUCUUAGCUCGAGCUUUCACAGAUCGAAGUAUCGGUUAUACGAAUUUGACUCUGGGUUCGAAUCAGCGUUUGGAAUUUUUGGGAGACACGGUUUUGCAACUGAUCGUUUCCGAAUAUUUGUACAAAUAUUUUCCAGAACAUCACGAAGGACAUUUGUCGCUACUGCGAAGUUCUCUUGUAAAUAAUAAAACGCAAGCGGUAGUGUGCGACGAUUUAGGAAUGACGCAGUAUGCACUUUAUGGAAAUCCGAAAGCCGAAUUGAAAACGAAAGACAGGGCAGAUUUGCUCGAAGCAUUUUUGGGAGCCCUUUACGUUGAUAAGGGUUUGGAUUACUGCCAGGUUUUCUGCGAUGUUUGUUUCUUCCCUCGCCUUCAAGAUUUUAUUAUGAAUCAAGACUGGAACGAUCCUAAGAGUAAAUUGCAACAAUGCUGCUUAACUUUGAGAACAAUGGAUGGUGGAGAACCCGAUAUUCCUGUUUACAAAGUUAUUGAGUGCAAAGGGCCAACUAAUACGAGAGUUUAUACGGUUGCUGUUUACUUCAAAGGAAGGCGUUUAGCUAAAGCUUCUGGCCACAGCAUUCAAGAAGCUGAAAUGAAUUCAGCAAAAAGGGCUCUUGAAAAUUCUGAAGACCUGUUUCCGCAACUCGAUCAUCAGAAACGGGUAAUAGCAAAGAGUAUGAAACUCCAGCACUGGUCAAAAAAUAAAGCCCGAAUAGCAAAAUCUUCGAAGCCAAUCGAGCGCUCUGACGAUUCCGACUCGAGUCAACAUCGCAAAAGAAGAAGUCGAAGUCGCGAACACAAAUCUGAAUUCAGGUCUCGGAAUCGCUACGACAGUUCCGAUCGGAGAAUGAGAAUGUCCAAAGAAUCCGUCACUAGUAGAAAUAAAAGUUCAGAACGAUCGAAAAAAAGUCCCGAACGAUCUAGAAAGAGUUCCGAAAGAUCAAGAAAGAGUCCCGACAGAUCAAAAAGGACCUCUGAAAGUUCAAAAAGGAGUCCAGAACGAUUGACAAAGGGUCCAGAAAGUCUCAACAGUCCAGAAAUUCUCAAAAAGUGUUUAGAAAUUUCGAAAAAGAGUCUAGAAUAUUCAAAAAGGAGUCUAGAAAAUUGCAAGAAAGUUGCCGUCGAGACGGCACGAAAAAGGUGUGAAAGUGUGAGAAGAAGUUCCGAGAGAGACUCGAAGCGCCGAAGAGAAGAUACAAAUGAGAAAAAGCUGCGCGAUCUUCAUUUAAGUUCUAGUCCCGAGGAAUUCCGUCUGGAUUCCAAAAAAGCGUCGAGUCGCCAUCACUAUUCGGACACUUCGGACGACGAUGCCGAGCGAAAACGGAAAAUUUGGCGGAAAUGCGGCGGCAAAAGCACAAAGCGAAAGCGGCACUCUGCUGAGGAUAAAGAUUUUAGUAGUCAGGACGAGAGUAAUGUUCCUGAACAGUAUAAAAGCAGUAAUUUCACGAAACCGGCUGAAAAAAAGAAAUCGGGGAUGUAUUCAGGGCAAAGAAAAGGAGAUUUAAUCGAGAGGAAUAAUUUCAGUGAAAAUUCCCUUUCAACAGUGAUAUUGGGUUUAAAAAAAUUUACAUACCAUAAUCGUUUAGAAAUUUUUGAAGACUGAGUUUAGUUAUUUUAUGAAUAUUCGACGGCUAUUGUGGCUAUUAAAUCUUUGGGAAAAUGACGAGUUUCGAGUGUGAGAUUAUGAGGGUUUUUUAAAUUUGGAGAAUAUUCUGCCCUAGAUAUGUCCAGUUUUUUUUUUCGGAGACUUAUUUGUGGAUUCGAAAAUACAGAUUUAAUUAGAAGUUCUUAGCUCUGUGCGUCAAUCACACAACUGAAGGCGAUAAUAUGGGCCUACAAUUUUUUUUUUUCAAAUUUCUAUUUUAUUUUUGUCUAGAAUUCUCUAAAAACAAGGAAAAUAUGGUGAUUUUAUCACGAAAAAUGAGAGAAAUUGAUUUUUUUUAAAGUAAAAAUUGAGGUGGGUACUAUUUUUAAUUAAAUUUUAAACGCAUUUUUAACAAAAUAGUUGAAUUCUCAACCAAAACUGAUUAAUUUUCUAGAAAAAUAUAAUCAGGCGAAUACGGUUACUAAUUAUAAUAAUUUUUAUAAUUAUUUAGAAGCUGAAAAUAUUUAUGCAGGUUUUUUUGGAACAUUUUAAAAAUUAUAAUAUUAUUUUUUAAAGUCUGCCUGCUACGUGGACAUAUUCUUAUUUUUUAUUCCUAAUGUUAUUUUUU